UGAAGUUAAUCAAUAGCAAGAGACUGAACCAUUUCAUGUGUCUUGCUCUGCAGGUGAACAUUGACGAGUGGCUGCAGGAACAAGACUUCCAGAGGAGGCGAGUUAAGAGUACCUGCGAUACACUUCGGCAUCAAGGCAUUCCAGACCUACACUAUAAUCUGACCCGAGAUGUUCUGAGGAAACUCGACCACCUUCUCGUUCUAGAUUCCCACAAGCUAAUUUACUGCUACAUUCCUAAGGUGGGCUGCACCGGUUGGAAGCGCAUAUUUCUACUGCUCCUCGGUCGAUUCCAGAAAAUGGAAGACAUCUCGAAUAACCGGGCACACUACACGAAGAUACCUCGGCUCUCACAAUACUCGAUGAAAGAAGCUAAAAGGCGAUUGGACGAAUACACCACUAUCAUGUUUACGCGGGAACCACUUCAGCGGGUGAUCUCCUGUUACCGGGACAAGUUUGAGAGGGAGAGCGCCGAGAACCGAUUGAUACAGAGGGCAGUCUUCGAAAAACUACGGCCAUACCUGAACUCGACGAAAUCGGUCGCGGGCCGGGGAACCUUCACGAAGGUCCAGUUCGCGGAGUUCGUCCGGUACGUGAGCGACCCUCGCAGUGUAUUCCACAGCUACGACGCCACGGAGCACUGGAAAGAGAUGUACAAGAUGUGCCACCCGUGUUUGCUCCGUUAUAACUACACCGGCCGGUUUGAACACCUGACGAGGGACUCCGAUAUCAUCCUGGAAGAAACAGGCCUGAGAAAAUUCGUCUCCUUUCCGAAGUCCACUAAUCCUACGAAUACCUCUGGUCAAGCAACUUUGGAAAAGUACAUGUCUCAACUCCAAGAAGCUGAUAUCACUGCACUCAAGCACCGCUACGAGAUAGAUACAUUGUUUGGAUCAAUGAGCUAGUUCGGUAUUACUAGAGCGCUUGGAAGCGCGUCCAAGGUCAUUUUCGAAGCAGCAAUACGAGCGCUCCAGGUCUGCCCUAUGAGAGUCGACUCUGCAUCGUACUUCGUUGUCGAAUAAACUCGCUAUUUUGAAAUAUUACGCUUGAUCAUUAUUCCGUUCCUACAAAAUGUCUUACACGCGAUUCAUUUAUUUCGAGUUUAAAGUGGCUAGAUACGUAAAAUAUGCUCACCGCAAACCACCAUGUGACUUCUGUUUCAGGUGAACAUAGUUCGCAUUGCAUUCUGUAGCGAUGUUAUCAAGUCUUCUCCAAAUUUGACCUUUAAUCAAAAGCUCGUUGCACUUUGCAAUUUUUCAAAACGCUAGUAUACAAAUAUUGACUGUUUCGAGUUGUGUGGUAAAACCAGCCUCCCCAAGUGAUCCGUAGAGCUCUCUUUUCCAGAGAAGAAGCCAGGUGAAAAGAGUAUGCUCGGCCGAGGGAGACCAGUUUUACUAUACCAAGAGAUAAAGCAGUCAAUAUGUUUUAUAACACCUCGCCCAUAGGUUUAAGCUAUGAGCCGCAGAGGUGGCAGGAAGUCAAUUUCACAAGUCCAAGCCAGGUCAAAAGUCAAAAAUUGAUAGUUACAAUUCAAGUCACGAUUUAUAAAGAUAGCGCGAGUCCAAGUCAACUAACUCGAGUCUACAACUCUGAUGAGCCGAAAUACACGUACUAUUCAUUGCUACGGGUUUUUUGGUUGCUACGGGUAUAGUUCUUUUUAUGAGCAAGGCUACAUGUGUACAGUCUUUUUUGAGUGGCGGUGCAAAAAUAAGUAAAACUAGCAAGCUUCACGGGACGGCACUUUCGGCCAAUCGAGAUUCAGAAUCUGUGGGUGAGAUGUUAUAAAAAGAACCAUGAAUGGGGCAGUAUAAUACAGCUUGAAUGAGUGACAAAAACUCCUUAUAUUCCAUCGUGUUGCUAAUUAAAUAAUCGACAGAUCUUUGCAGUAGCUGUAUUAAAUCUUUGAGAUGUGUCUCAGGUUUAGAGUACUUCCUAAUUUUUAAAAAGGAUGAAUUUAACCCUAAGGAGUAACAUUUUGCGUAUGAGAAAAUCUGUUCCAAGGAAGUUGCAUGUACACCUGUACUAGCCCCGUAAUGUGGCUUAUACACUAGACUACCUCCUUAUCCGCCUAGCGCAGAAUCACCCCGUCAUCGGUUGAAAACAGCCAUUUUAGUUAACAGUGCUCAUUUUGUUGGUAGCGAUGCCACCGUAACGCGUGCAUUUAAUAUUCGUUUGUGAACCAGCGAAGUGUAGUACCUACCAAGGUAGCCUGUAAUGGUAGGAAAUUUGCGCCCUCUUUUGGUCCAGCUCGGGGCUAAUAGUCCAGUGUAUGAGCCACAUUAUGGGGCUACCUCAGUACCCUCAACUUGGAGUAAUUUCAUGCUGAGACAGAGAGAAUACCCUUGUCCUAUGAGCCCCGAGCUGGACCAAGAGAGGGCGAAAACUUCCUAGCAACAGAGGCUUCUUUGGUUGGAACCUCACUUCCUUAAUUUAUGAACGACUAUGAAAAUGCACAUUACGGUCGCGUCAGUAUCAGCAAAAUGAACACUCCCGACUAACAUUGCGCCUUUCAACCGAUGAAGGGGUGCUUCUGCUCAAGGUGGAUACUGUGCUAAAGGAACAAUAUGAUUUUCUUGACAGGUUGAGAAUAAUACAGUUGAACACUUGUAUUCAAGGAAGCAGUGAAUCAGCCAAUAUGGAUGCUGGAUGUUCUGGCGGCCUGUCGGCUAUAAGGAUAUUCAUUAACAGUUUUUUUUCUUAGGAAUUAACGAUCAGAUGGAUUGACUCGACUCUGAACAUACUUGGUAACGGGUUGUUUUAGUAUUGUUUGAUUAAAAUAACAUUUGUAAACCAAGAAUAUUCAAAAUAAAUACAGUUUGCUUUAUGAUCAUUCUGAUAAAAUAUAUAUGCUUUUGACGAAGACUACUUCUCAAACAGCUCAUUUUAAAAGAUAUCGGGCGUAGAUCUUUGAGGAAUGAAGACUUAGCGACUGGAACGGUUAUCUCAUUGAGAAUUCCCCUGCUGAUAGUGCUGACUUAGUAUAAAAGUAUUAAAAUAGCCAGUUAAUGUCGGUUUUUUUCCAAAAAAAUGCUGGGGUGUUAUUUUUUCUAAAAUUCGUCAACCUUGCAAUUCAUUUCUGGCGCCCAUAAAAUAUGUAGGGAGACACAACUCUUGAGUUUUCUUCCCCCUGAAUUUUUGAAUUGCCUUCCCCGAGUUUUUCUGUUCAGCAGUUUCAACUGUCCUGGUAAAAAUCGU